AUGGCGAGCACCAACCGCCCAGCAGACCCAUUGGCGAAGGGCAUCAUCCCCACCGCCAAACAGAGUCUCAAGGAUCUCUUCACUUGGGACCAACGUGUAGUCGUUCGCAAUGACUACGGCGAGGAGCACUGCGAGUGGCAGAAGCCAGAGCCUCUCAAGAAUCCUAUCAGCCUGUUCGCUCAACUCGGAGUUAAGGAUUGGCUGUACUUCCUUGUCGGAUUCCUCGCAUGGACUGCCGACGCCUUUGACUUCCACGCGCUGUCAAUUCAGACUACCAAGCUUGCCGACUACUACGACACCUCAAACACUGCUAUCUCGACGGCCAUCACCCUAACACUGCUUCUCCGCUCCGUCGGUGCUGCUAUGUUUGGCGUGGCUGGCGAUAAGUUCGGUCGAAAGUGGCCCAUGGUUCUUAACAUGAUCAUCUUGGGUCUUCUCCAGGUUGCUACCAUCUACGCUGGAACUUUCCAGCAAUUCUUGGCUGUACGGAGUCUCUUCGGUCUCUUCAUGGGAGGUGUCUACGGAAACGCCAUCUCCAUGGCGCUUGAGAACUGCCCGGUCAACGCCCGUGGUCUUAUGAGUGGUAUCCUACAGCAAGGUUACUCAUUCGGUUAUGUGCUCGCAGCUUGCGCCAACUUGGGUGUCGGUGGUGCGACCAACACCUGGAAGACCGUCUUCUGGGUCGGCGCCGGUUUCUCGAUCGCUGUCGGUCUCAUCCGCGUAUGCUUCCCUGAAUCGAAGCAGUUCCUAGAGGCAAAGAAGGCUGGGCACAAGAAGGCGCCCGGUGCCUUCUGGGCCGAGACAAAGCAGAUGCUUCGCAAGGAGUGGAAGAUGUGUGUCUACUGCAUCAUCCUCAUGACUUGGUUCAACUACUACUCCCACACGAGCCAAGACAGCUACACUACUUUCAUGAAGGAGCAGAAGCAUCUCAGCCCCGCAGGUGCUACCCGUGCUUCCAUCCUGAUGAAGACCGGUGCCUGUGUCGGUGGUACCAUUCUUGGAUACACCUCGCAAUGGUUCGGUCGUCGCCGCAUGAUCGUCUGCGCUGCCUUGAUCUCCGCUUGCCUUAUCCCCGCCUGGGUCCUCCCCACCACUGAGCGUGGUCUAUCCGCAUCUGGCUUCAUGAUCCAAUUCUUUGUCCAGGGCGCUUGGGGUGUCAUUCCCAUCCACUUGAGCGAGCUGUCACCACCUGCUUUCCGAUCCUCUUUCGUCGGUAUCACCUACCAGCUCGGAAACAUGAUUUCCUCGCCCUCCGCUCAGAUCGUCAACGCCGUCGCCGAGGCCACUAUGAUCAGCACUGCAAAGGGCGAGCAGUCUCCCGCUUACGGACCAGUCAUGGCUGUUGCGACUGCAAUCAUCGCUCUCGGUAUUGCUGUCACUACUGCUCUUGGCCCCGAGAAGAAGGGUCGUCACUUCGAGGAGGCUGGUCCUAUCGGUGCCAACAUUGAGCCCGUCAAGGAUAUUGAGACUGGUAGCAUGCACAGCGAGAAGGACGGUGUCAAGGCAGUUGAGGUUGUUGACGGCUCCAACCACAACGAGAAGGCUUGA